AUGCCGGUCAAGAUCCCAGCACGCAGGCUUGGCCGCGAUGGCCCAGAAAUCGCCGCCGUCGGUUUCGGUCUCAUGGGCUUGAGCGUCGCCUAUGGCACGCCGGGAACCGACGACGAGCGCCUCGCCCUCCUGGACCACGCCUGGGAGAUUGGCGCCACCAACUGGGACACGGCCGACUUUUACGGCGACAACGAGGACUUGCUGGGCAAGUGGUUCGGCCUGCACCCCGAGCGCCGCGCCGACAUCUUCCUGGCCUCCAAGUUCGGCCUUGGCUUCGGCAUCCGCCCGGACACCAAGGCACCGGGCAUCACCAUCUCGUCGACGCCCGCGCACUGUCGCGCCAGCUGCGAGAAGUCGCUGAAGCGGAUGGGUGUCGACCACAUCGACCUCUACUACAUCCACCGCGUCGACGGCGUCACGCCCAUUGAGUCGACCAUGGCCGAGCUCGCCAAGCUGCGCGACGAGGGCAAGAUCCGCCACAUUGGCAUCUCCGCGCCGUCCUCGACCACCCUGCGCCGCGCCCACGCGGUGGCCCGCAUCGCUGCCGUCCAGGUCGAAUACAGCGUCUUCUCGCUCGAGAUCGAGGGCCCCGAGAGCACCGACCUGCUCAAGACGUGCCGCGCGCUCGGCGUCACGACGUUUGCCUACUCGCCCAUCGGCCGCGGCUUCCUGACGGGGCAGAUCCGCUCGGCCGACGACUUUGGCCCCCAGGACCUGCGCCGCGCCGUCCCGCGCUUCCAGGGCGCCAACUUCGCCAAGAACCUGGUCCUCGUCGACACCAUGGCCGACAUGGCCGCCAAGAGGAACCCCCCCUGCACGCCCGGCCAGCUGGCCCUGGCGUGGCUGCUGGCCCAAGGCGACGACAUCAUCCCCAUCCCGGGCACCAAGAAGAUCCCCUACCUCGAAGAGAACACCGCCGCCAGCACCAUCCAGCUCACCACCGACGAGGUCGCUGCCAUCCGCCGCAUCGUCGACGACAUUGGCGUCAUAGGCGACAAGAUGGGCCAGGGCAUCCUCGCCGACUAUGGCGACACGCCACCACUGGAGGUAUAA